AAAAUAUAAAAUAAACAGAUGACGCUUCUUAUGUCACGCGCUACUGUCUCUUCUUCGAUGUCCAUGACGUUUUCGAGGCAGCUCAAGAGAUUCGCCCCCACUCUACUGAUUCACAGAACUGCCAGAAAUUUCUCCGUGAAGAUGGCGACUGAGUCGCCCACUCGGAGCCUCAUCCACACCCUCAAUCUCCCGAGUCAACUCGAUCAACCCGUCUCCGUUGUGGCUGCUCCGGGCCUCUCCGACACCCAAUUCAAGAAUGCUAUUGAGUCCUCUCUAUUCAAGCAGUGGCUGAAAAAUAUACAGACUGAAACAGGCCUGCUAGCUAAUGGAUCAAUGUCUUUGACACAAGUGCUGAUUCAGGGUGUAGAUAUGUUUGGCAAACGUGUUGGGUUUCUCAAGUUCAAAGCGGAUAUUAUUGAUAAGGAGACAGGACAAAAGGUUCCUGGUAUUGUCUUUGCACGAGGACCAGCUGUUGCAGUGCUAAUCAUUUUGGAGUCGGAGGGUGAGAAUUAUGUUGUGCUCACGGAGCAGGUCAGGGUCCCUGUUGGGAGGCUUGUAUUGGAAUUGCCAGCCGGAAUGUUAGAUGAUGACAAUGGUGACUUUGCGGGAACAGCAGUUCGAGAGGUUGAAGAAGAGACCGGAAUACAUUUAAAUGCGCAAGACAUGAUUGACCUUACAGCGCUUCUGGACCCUUCAACUGGCUGCAGAGUCUUCCCUUCUCCUGGAGCCUGUGAUGAGGAGAUUAGUCUGUUUCUGUACAGAGGGAAUGUGAGUAAAGAGAAAAUCAGACAGCUACAAGGGAAAGAAACAGGCCUUCGAGAUCAUGGCGAGCUAAUUAAGGUGCAUGUUGUUCCGUAUGAGAAACUUUGGCGCACUACUGCUGAUGCAAAAACGCUAACUGCUAUUGCCCUAUACGAGAUGGCCAAAAGGGACGGUCUGCUGCCAUCUUCAAGAACCUGAAUGGUUACUCGUUUAUGCAUCGUAGGGUUGAAUUUUGGACCUUGCAUUUAACCUAAUGUUGGUCAUAGGAAUCUAGUUAUUGCAAUACCACAUCUUGAGGUAAAAACAGAUACUGAAACUUUUCUGCAAAUGUAAUUUGCCAUUUGGUGCACAUUUCAUUCAGAAUGAAGAAAUGUUAAAAAGUAAAAACUGCAUUUGAUGUUUGCUUCAAUUUUGUAAACUAUAAUACUUUGAAGUGUCCUGAAGGAUGAUAGGUGUUGGACAGAACAGAAUGACCGUAUGUAAUCAUAUGAUGCUGGUAAUCCUAAAUGUUCUAAUAUCACAAUUAAUAAAAUAACAGUUAUGUUCAUGUUGACA